CAAACUCAGAGUCAUGCAGUCCACUUCCACUGAAGGCAAUUACUUCCCGAGCAUGACCCCUGUGCCCACGCACAACCUCAGCUCCCAGGUCCACAAGGACUCAUACUUGCAUAAAUUGGCACUCCUAGACAAGGCCCUUUAUAAUGACUUCUACAGCUUGUGGAUAGCCCUGAUCGUGAUCAACGUCCUUAUCUUCCUUAUGGGCAUCCUCCUGAACAGCCUGGCCCUGUACAUCUUCUGCUUCCGCACUAAAUCCAAGACAACGUCAGUGAUCUACACCAUCAACCUGGUGAUCACCGACCUCCUGGUGGGCUUCUCUCUGCCCACCCGGAUCAUCAUGUACUACAGCGGAGGGGACUGCCUCACCUGCUCCUUGGUGCACAUCUUCAGCUACUUCGUCAACAUGUACUGCAGCAUCCUCUUCCUCACCUGCAUCUGUGUGGACCGCUACCUUGCCAUAGUCCAAGUCGAGGUCUCCCACAAGUGGAGGAGCCAAAACUAUGCCAAGGGCAUCUGCAUCUUCAUAUGGCUCUUCGCCAUCGUGGUGACCUACUCCAUCCUGAUCACGGCCAUCAAGUACGCCACCUGCUGCCUCUCCAAGCUCUUCGCCCUGACCGUCUUCGAGUUCCUCGUGCCCCUGAUCAUCAUCGUGGUCUCCACUGUCCGCAUCAUGUGCGCCCUGUCCAGCAGCGACCGGAUGCAGCAAAGCCGUCAGCGGAGAAUGCGAGCUGUCCAGCUGCUGGUCACCGUGCUGGUCAUCUUCAUGAUCUGCUUCACCCCCUUCCACAUCCGGCAGGUGCUAGUCUAUGCAUACCCAGACAUCCCCCGCCACGUCAGCCUGAUUAUCUACCACGUCACCGUCACCCUCAGCAGUCUCAACAGCUGCAUGGACCCCAUCGUCUACUGCUUUGUAACCAACAACUUCCAGUCCACCAUGAAGGGCAUCUUCCGCAAGCCAGAGGCAGAGCAGACCAGCAGGGACAUCGCCAGCAUGCAGAAGAGCUCCAAGGGCUCGGGGACUGCCAUUGCAGUGACCAACACCAUGACGAUGAACGCCUGGAGACCCCCUCUGCACCUGCAGGGGAGCACGUACCUGUGAAGCACCGUCUUUGAGGGGGAGUCUGCUGUACUUUUCACUGGAUGAAAUACAGUUGCAGAUAAAAAUAUUGGCACCCUACGCUUAAUAGAUCAUUCAAGAAAUUGAUUAAGUGCCUUUGUUUUAUAAAGCUUGUUUGUUAAACUAGCAGAAUUGCUGUAUUUUGGCCUUUGUCAUAUUAAUUAGUGGCUAAUGUUCAGUAAAUGCUUCAGUUUUCUUGAAUGAUCUUAUAUUAAAUGUCGGGUGCCAAUACUUCCGUCUGCAACUGUAGCUACCUACCUAUACAGUACUUCAUGUCUGUGUGUAUAUAUUUGCUGUUUAUAUUUAUAAAGGCAGCAUGCAUGUGUAAUGGGUUAUAAAUACUAUUUUCUUCUCUGGUGGGCUGUGGUUGAAAAUAAACCUCUUGUUGCUUAAAGUUCAUUGAUACACAGUUUAUCAGCCCAGCCCAGUAGAAUUGUAAUCAUGUGAUCAAAGGGCCAGUUUUUAAAAAGAGUGUUAUAAUUGACUUUUCAAACUUGAUUCAAUAUUUUUCAAUACAGAGUGCAAAAUAAGAGGAAAGCCCAGAACUCUAUGCUUAUGGUCAAUUAUAAAACGUUGGAGACCAGGGAGGAUUUUAAGGAUAACAAUACUGCUCACUGGGAACUAUAAUAAGGAACUUGAAAUCAAGGACACGUGAUUUUAAAUGUAACCUGACCCUGUUCA